CAGAAAAUGAAAUGAUUUUUUGGAUAUUUCUGCUCUGGGCGCUGCAGCCGACUCAUGCGAACCUUAACCUUUUUCUCUCCCAGGGAGAAGUAAAGAGGUUGCUAGGACUGGAAAAUGAACUUUAUUAUAUUCGUGAGGGUAAUAUAAACCAGUAUGCCAUUGGUUUUGUGAUCCCACUUCCAAGUCAUGUUGAUGUUCUUCAUUUCACUUGGUUUCAGUCUUCCCCUCUCCUUCCACUUAACUACAAGUUGAGUUUUGCUAGUUCAGAUACAAGUAUUCUCACCCAACCAAGGGUUAAUAUCUCGAAUUCUGGAAGUGUUCCAAGUCAACCCCAGGUAUGGGGUGUAUCAGUACUGUGUACUGGAGUGAAAGCUGGUGAAGUUGUAAUUACAGUAGACUUAAUCCUGAACAGGAUGGAUAUAAAUAAACUUACAAACACAACUCUACUAAGUUUUAAGCGUAAGAAGGUUUGUUCAAUCUUCGAUCUGAGCGUGAAAGAGGAAAAGGUCCCUGCCUAUGUGAUAUUCUUUAGUGCCAUAGGUGGCUGUGUUCUGUUUAUCGUAAUCAUUAUAACAAUCGUUAUAACCAGAUGGAUUCAAGACUCAAGAUAUAACAAGUACGCCACAGUCUCAGUUCAACCCCAGAACAAUCUCACAACACAGACCUCAGUGUCUCAAACUAUUCUCAACAGAUCUGGUGGAAGUCAUGCUAGUUAUACCCAUCCUAGUGGGCAAAAUUUGCCCAUGCUGCCAGGGUUACCGUCAUACGAGAGGGAGGAACGGAUGUCGAUAACAAUUAACCAAGGACAUCUGAUGCAAGGUUCUCCUAGAUUAGGCGCCUACAGUCUACAAGGGACUGGGGUUCUUUAUAAAUCUGCUCUACAAGGGAACCCUGAGGAACUGUUUACUAGUGAUGUGGAUUCAAGGAUACCGGAGACAAGGGGUAGAAGAACUGGACCCCUGGUCCCUAUAGAGGAGAUAGCUGUAGACAGGCUUUCAUUGACUUUAGGGGAUCUCCUUCAGGAGGGGACCUUUGGAAGGAUAUAUCAGGGUCGGCUAGACAUUGAUUGUGAUUCUGAAGAUGUGAUUGUGAAAACAGUUGUAAUGGGUUCAAGCACUCAUCAAGCAAAUAAACUAGUUGCUGAGGGUGGUAGCUUGUAUGGUAUAAACCACAAGCAUGUAUUGACCCUCCUGGCUACUACCUAUGAUGGCAGCUCCCCAAUGAUGAUCUACUCUUACUGUUCUCCAGGGAAUCUUAAACGUUGGCUUUCUUCCUCCCACCAGCCAGUCAACACACACCAAGCAGUUUGCUUUGGGUUACAGAUACUCACUGCUUUAAAGCAUUUGCAUAAGAGACAUAUUAUUCAUAGGGAUGUUGCUGCUAGAAACUGUUAUCUCUCAACCCUCCAUGAUUGUAAAAUUAUCAGAUUCUGGUUUAAUAAUGCCUAUAUCUCUAGGGAUGUUGCUGCUAGAAACUGUUAUCUCUCAACCCUCCAUGAUUGUAAAAUUAUCAGAUUCUGGUUUAAUAAUACCUAUAUCUCUAGGGAUGUUGCUGCUAGACUCAACCCUCCAUGA